ACUAUGCGGACUUCAAUGUGUAUAGAUUUUCUAGUCACUUUUCCAAGAGCAAAACACCAACAAUAAAUUUGCAUUCUUUUUUCCUUUUACGCCCUUGUGCAGUCCUUUUAAUGUGAAGGAAGAAAGUGAUGUACGAUUCUGAGUGGGCCGCUUUGGCAGUGUUUCACUUUAACAAGAAACAUUUGGCGGAAGAAAUUUAUUGUUUAUGUAGCAGGGUUUUUACAUGGAAUUGCAAAUACGAUCUUCAGGAUAAUCCCAGUGAGGAGUGCGCUAACGAAAAUAUAGAAGAGCUCGAUUACGAGAUCGUUCCAUCGCAGUUAAUAGAGCAAGGCGACAACUGCGACCUAAACUGGCACGAUUACUGGGCGCUUAAUGGCGAAAGGUUAAUUUGGGAAUCGUGGAUUGCCAAGUAUAGCUCUUACAUAAAUCCGGAAUUCACUCAGACGUUGUGCGAUCAAUCCUCGGUUUCGAAGCAGUCAUCCCUAGAUAAACCGGAGAGCGCUUGCAGCCUGAAGUUAUCUUUCGAUUCGGCAAGUCCCCAUCUGGACAGCAGCGAUUACAGUGCUACCUUAGAAUGCAGCAUCUCCAACGAACCAAAGCAUGAGGUGAUCGAAAAAAAUCGCAUGCUCGUCAGAAAUCUGUCCGGCAGUGAGUCAUACGAUAAAUUAAACAGAGAGGGGGAAGGUUGGAACCCGCUCUCGCCGUUAAGUAACGAUUACGAAACCGAAAUCGAAAGGCUGAUCACAUCCAGAUGCGACUCGCAUACCGGCAGCUCAUCGCGGACCGUCGACUCCAUGACCAACGUUACUCGCAUGACCGUGUCGUCCAUUGAUCUAAGCGAAAGCUCCAAAAGUUCGGAGAGUUUUUCGUCUGUGAGUUCGGUGCAGAGUUCUUUGACGUCGACCAGUUCGGAGGAAGUCGACGACACGGCGACACAUGAGCACGAAUGGAAUGACUUGUGGGCGCAUCAUUACGAGCAGGAGUAUUACGAGCAUUACAAGAAAUUUGCGCAAAAUUCUGUGCAAAAUCACAAGUCAGUAACUGAAGAUAAAUCGCACGACGAGGAUACAAACUUGCUCUCAUCAAUUUUGAGCUUGAUGAGAAUGGACGAGACCAACGAGGACGACUGUUCCGUACCGAAUCAAAUGAAUCUCAUGGGUCUACCCACAAGUUUCGGUAGCAGAAAGUUGAAAAAGGCGGUGCACACGCCCAGGUCCAACGUUAAAAAAGGAGAGCAGUCUAGUAGAGAUCAAAUUCGAGCGGCUUUCAAUUUGAUCGGAAUGCGGAUACAGGAGAGUAAUAGCGAGGCGCUUGUCGGUUCCUUCGAUUAUAAAAUGAAAAAUAUACAGAGACAGAAUGAUAUGUUGAAGAUGAAUAAACAUAUCAGGUUCGAUGAUGACGGGUUAAUCAUUCCGGAAGAGGACGAGGUGACAGUACAAAAUUCCCACCAAGAUGAACUUUUAGGAAUUAUUCCAAGUUCUAGUACGGAAGACGAAGCGGAAACGGGCGGUAACGAUCUGAACAACGAGACGAAUAGGCGCAAUCGCAAAAGGCGGAAAAAGCGAAAGCGCAAACUGGAUCUUCCACUCGAAAUAGCGGAAAAUCCGAAAUUGCGCAAGUUUUGGCAGCGCCGCUACACGCUAUUUAGUAAAUUCGACGAGGGGAUUCGGCUCGACGAAGAGAGCUGGUUUUCUGUCACCCCCGAGCUGAUCGCGAAGAAUACGGCUCGGCGAUUGCGUUGCGACGUCGUAAUCGAUGCAUUUUGUGGAGCCGGUGGAAAUACGAUCCAACUGGCGCAAACGUGCAACAGAGUUAUUGCUAUCGACAUUGACGUAAACAAAAUUAAUUUCGCAAAGCACAACGCGGAAAUCUACAAAGUGGCGGAUCGCAUCGAGUUUAUAGUGGGCGACUUUUUCCAGCUCGCCAAAAGUUUAAAGGGCGACGUCGUGUUUCUAAGCCCCCCUUGGGGAGGGCCGGAAUAUUUAAAUCGGUCCACAUACGAUUUGGAAUACUUACAACCGCGCCCUCUAACAGCACUGAUGGAAGCUGUAAGAAAAGUUACACAAAAUGUGUGCCUGUUCCUUCCAAGGAACUGCAACACUUACCAGCUAAUUACCGCGGCAGGACCUGGCGGUCGUGUCGAGCUAGAACAAAAUUUCCUAAAUAAAAAAUUGGUCGCUUUAACUGCUUACUUCGGAAACUUGAUUAAGGAAGUUUAAUUUUAGUAUUUGACGACAUUCAUUUUGAAGUAUGUGUCCAUUGCAUCUCACAUUGUAAUUAUUUUUGUGUCUUAUGUGGCGUUCAUACCUUUUGAAGUUUUUUAAAAUAAAUAUUUGCAUACUUUUUACUUA